CUCUUACAGAUUUGGAUUGUCUCCUGGUGGAGCUGUCGUCUUCAACGUUACAUCUCUGGACGCGCAAAGCAUAGAAUUAUUUUGUUCUAAGAAAACAAAAUGGGUAGUACCCAAAGCAACAGCGCCAAACUGAAUGGAUACGAGGAUACGUAUAUUGAUUUUGAGGACGUCUCGUUCGCUAAAGGUACAUCCCGACGGGUUUACCGGGGCAGAUUUCGUGGAGAUCAACGCGUGGAUGGAAAACAGGGCGUGGUUAAAGUCUACAAAGAGUGGUAUUCUUCAAACCUAGAAGAGCUUACCUGGAAAGCAGACGACCGUGCCUAUAAAAUAGCUAGUGAGAUUGCGCAGGAGUUUAACAACUUGUAUCAAACGAGCAAACCAAUCAAGUUUAUUACACCUGAAUUCAUCGAUGUUGAUCCCCGUACCGCUCAAAAUUUCCUUGGUUUCACACAAAGUGAAAGAGGUUCAAACACAGAUGUGAAACCUAAAGUCAGUGAUGUUGAGCCCCGUACCCCUGAUGUGAAACAAAGUGCAAGUGGUUCGAACACAGAUAUCCCUAAAAUAGCUACCAUUGCAGUCGAGAGGUACCUAGACGGAACAUAUGUCAAAUUCUCAAGCAACACUGGGUAUGUUCACCCUAAACCAAUGGCCACGCCAGCUGCUUUCAGUCAUUUCUCUUACCAUGUAACAGAUGGAGAAAUUCUGGUUUGCGAUCUGCAAGGGGUGCGCACUAACACAAGCUACGAGCUAACAGACCCAGCUGUUCACAGCGGCGGUACAAAGGCGAACGAGUACGGUCCCAAUGACUGGGGGAAAUGUGGUAUCGUGAAAUUUUUUAUGACCCACAAGUGUAAUGAAUUGUGUAAAGAGCUCAAGAAACCCACAAAGGCUCUUGACUGUACAGAAAGUCAAUGGGAGGAAUUCACCAAAGUCGUUGAUAAAAUGCCUGGGGGAAGUUCGACAGCCUCCACAUAUCGAUUGGAAGAGUCGUACGACAUCUCCCCAUCUAAAUUGAGGGAAAUACAAGAAAGAUUGAAACUUAAAGCAGACGUUGAAAAAUAAAAUGUAAAACAAAGAUAACGCAGAAUUCAACUGUUGUUUACAUUGUUACGUUUUGGUUCUUCACAUACAACAGUCUUUUGUGCGUUAUGCUUGAAGUAAAUAUUGCGCUGAAGGUAGAAUCACACCACCAGAUCUCCUAAGGUUUCACUGAAAUGCCAUAACGCUGCUUGUUCACAUAAUUAUCACGGUAUUUAGUCACGUAAGUAGGUACCUCUGCGACGCGUGGAGCAUUUUUAAGGAUUGAUAUGAAUUCAUAACAUUUGUUCUAGAGGCCCAUUGGCAAGCGAAAAAAAAUGAAAGCCGUAAAAUCACGAUAUAACUCCAUACAUUACAUUUCUAUUCUGAUUCUUAUUUCGUUUGGAGGGUUUAUACUUGAAUUGGUAAAUGAGUGUGCAUUGCAUAUUAGGUUUCUCAAUACGCAAACCUCGUGAACCUUUAAAUGUUUGCAAAGGCUUUGAAUGUUCUAAUGGUGUACUCAGUGUCAGAAAAACAUUUGGAAUUAUAAUUCAGCCUCGUAGUAAUUAACAUUUGCAUUGCAAUGCAUCCGGAACCAACCACGUUGCCAGGUUGUCGAGCAGUACGCGCCCACCACUACCUCUCACCCUGGUAUUGGAUCAUUCGCGUAUCCAAAAUUGUUGGAUACGUAUGCAAAAGAGGUAUAGUCUGGUGCCUGCCUGUGCGUUACAUUAGCGUUUGUUUUUGUAUGCGGUUUCUAGGGUAAGAACGUAAUCAACAAGAGAUACGAAAACACGUUGUUUUCGUAUUUAAAAUGUUACAAUUUUAUCUAGCCU